AUGUGGGAGAAGCGAACCACACACGGGAUGAAGAGAAAGCCAGCACAAGUGUUGAUGCCUCACAAUGCAUCAUCUGCAAAGAUUAUCUCAUAUUUGAAGACUCUCCAUACCAAAGCAUCUGCACCCACAGCAAAUUACGGAUACGAGCUCCGGGCCAGCUCCCUAAUUCCUUGUCCCACCAAGAACAGCACCGCUGAUAAGAAUUCCAAUAAGCCCAAUGACAACACUCUUACAACUCUGUCAAAUGACAUCUACUUGGAAAAAUUUUCAGGACACCUAAGGUGUCUUCAUAAAAAUAGGAAGGAAACAUAUUGCAUGCAAAGUGCCGAAGCCUUGAGAACUCGUAGGAACUCGCCCAUUUUCAGCUUCCUUUGUCAGAGUCUCCUCGGCAUGGCCCUUACCGAUCGGUAA